CAUGCUUUCAUUUCAUCCAAUAUUCAAUAUCCAAAUGAGUUUCUUAUCAAUCCUCACAAUCACACUAUGCUCCCUUCUCUUCCUCCUCACUCCCUCACAAGCAGCCAAUUUUGAGAUAGUCAACAAUUGCCCUUACACCGUUUGGGCAGCUGCUAGUCCGGGCGGUGGUCGUCGCCUUGACCGCGGUCAAACAUGGAAUCUUUGGGUUAACGCUGGCACUUCAAUGGCUCGUAUUUGGGGUCGUACUGGUUGCAAUUUCGAUGGCAGCGGUCGUGGCCGCUGCCAAACAGGUGAUUGCACUGGUGGACUUCAAUGCACUGGUUGGGGUGUCCCACCAAACACAUUGGCCGAAUUUGCAUUAAAUCAAUAUGGUAAUCUAGAUUUCUACGACAUUUCACUCGUUGAUGGUUUCAACAUCCCAAUGGAUUUCUUCCCUAUUAACGGUGGAUGUCACAAAAUCAGUUGCACAGCCGAUAUUAACGGACAAUGCCCUAACGAAUUGAGGGCUCAAGGUGGUUGUAACAACCCUUGUACCGUUUAUAAAACAAAUGAAUAUUGUUGCACUAAUGGGCAAGGAAGUUGUGGGCCAACUUAUUUCUCAAGGUUUUUUAAAGAUAGAUGUCAUGAUGCUUAUAGUUACCCUCAAGAUGACCCAACUAGCACUUUCACUUGUCCAGCUGGCUCUAAUUAUAAGGUUGUUUUCUGUCCUCUUGGUGCUCCUCAUAUAGAGAUGCCUUUAAUUCAAACCAAUGUGUAUUGAUUUGUGUAUGUCAUCACUGGUGGAUCCCUUCAAUAAGAUGAAGUUUUUUUGCUAAAACUUCAUUUGUGAUCAUCAUAACUUAGCUCCCUUGGGUUUCUUAAUAAGUGUGUUUUUGCUGUGUGUAUGUAAUGAAGCUUUUUUAAUUAUGUUUAUGAUUGGUUGUUGAAAAUUAAGAUAGCUUUAAAUA